AUGAGGGUCAUGACUCGCUGGGUCAUGAAAGCAACAAAGUCGAUUCCGACCAGUUAUCUGGCCAUUCCGCCCGCAGGAUCAUCCGCUCCUCCCCACUCCCCGCCGUCCUCCUGCGCUGGCCGCGCCCGCCCCGGCCGUUCGGGCGGGCCAGGUGGGCGCGGGCUCCGGCCCCGCGUGACGUGGGCGCCGUGGUGGGAGGGGCCGCCCGGGGGGUGGGGGGGCGGUUCCGGCCGCCUUAUUAGCGCCCGGCGCGUCGCGGGCAGCCAGCCGACCGCCGCAGCCAGAGCAGCAGGAGCCGCUCCGACCCGCUCCUCUUGCCUCCUCCACCAGCCUCCUCCUCCUCCUCUCUGGCUCCUCCCGUCCCCCCCUCUGCGCGAGCGGCGGAGUCGCCCUCUCGCUGCCUCUUUCCUUGGCUCCCGCUCACUCCUCUCGCUCGCCACGACCUCCCCCUUCUGUGCUCCCGGGCGCCCAAGCAUUCUCUGCGCGAACCCCAGGAACCCGUGGUGCUUGAAAAGCCCAGGGAAAGCCGCCUCGGGUCGAGAUAGUCGGAAGCGCGGGGUCCCUUCCCCUCUCCCGGCGCAGCCCGCGCCCGGCUCGCAGCCCCUUCUCGCUCCUGCACACUCGGUUUGGGAGGACGAGGCUGGUAAUGAAGAAAUGGUGCAAAUAGUACAAGUUUGGAUUAGGAACGUCCAAUCAACAGCAGAAACAGUCCUAUCAGCACUGUGUGUUGGUGCUGUGCUGAGCAGUCUUGACCACGUUUUGACAGAGAGCUAUCCUAUGGCACAACUGAAAGGCACACUUGUAUUACCAGUGAGGAGCACGGAUCUGCUGCAUAUGAUGUCAGAGGGUUAGGGGCCACAGAAGCAUGGCUGCUGAGGUAGAUCCAGGAAUGUGGUUCUACUAAGAUAGACUAGGCACAAAUUAAUUUAUGUCAAAUGGAGUAAGGAACCCAGGGAAGACUUAACGGAUUUGCACAUUUCAAAGUUCAAAGCAUGAAAAUGAAAACACUUUCAGAAAGGAGGAGGAGUGCCCCAUUUAUAUCCUGGAUUAAGUCCUACAAAAAAGGCCAAGUACCAAGUAAUUA